UCUCCGCCGAGAAGGAUGUGAAUUUACUGCAUUUUCAAGUUUGUCACUACCAGAAAAGCAGCAGCUGGACUCGGCUCGACCCAGAGGUUGUGUGAAUAACGACCGGACCCUAAACAUAGCACAGUCUGAAAAACAAACUGCUUCGUUUUAAUGAGCUGAUUUGAAAGAGAUUUGGCCAGAUAGCGACUGUCCAUCCGUCCGGUGAGCUGCAGACAGACACAAUGAUGGAGUCUAUCUUAGACAGUUUAACCGCAGAGAAACUCUAUCCAUCCGGAGGGACCAACCUGUUGGACCUGGAGGAACUCAGCGACGGAGAUUUUCUCACUAAUGUGCCUUUCUCAGGUGACCAGAUGGACGACUUCAGCAGCGAAUUAUUCAGCAGUUUCUUCGAGGAACAUCUAUUAGAGCGACCCCUGCUGGCAGACAGAAAUUCACUUUUACAGAUGGACAUAGACAGCAGCCCAGAUAUUCAAGCAGAGCACAGCUACUCUUUGAGUGAAGACUCCGCCCCCCAGAGCCCAGCCCUGUCAAUCAAAAUGGACCAAGAGUCAGAGUUUGAAUGGAGCUUCAGUCAGGACCUGUCAGCCAUCUUGGUGAAACAGGAGGAGCCUGACGUGGUUCAAAGGUUAGAUCCUCAGCCUCUGGAGGGCCCGCCUCUCUUAUUAAGCCCUGCCCCUCCACACAGAGGAUCGCCAUGGAGACACACGGAGCACAGUCAAGACGAUGUGAAGCCAGUAGCGAUAAAAGACGAGCCCAGAGAGAUUGGACAGUACCUCAGCCUGCCCAGCGACGACGCUCUCCAGCUCCCACCCACCCCUCCCAGCAGUAACCACGGCGACAGUGACGGCUCCCUCCCCCCCUCCUCCCCGCACCUCCCUCUGCCACCCUCUUCCCCUCCGCCACAACAGAGGCCAGGAGGUCGUGCCUCCUCUUCCUCUUCCUCCUCUUCCUCAUCCACAGCCAUUUCCUCUUCACCUCUCCUCACUGCUCCACAUAAGCUGCAGGGUUCAGGACCCCUCAUGCUCACAGAAGAAGAGAAGAGGACCCUGGUUGCUGAGGGUUACCCAGUCCCCAACAAACUUCCUCUGACCAAGAGUGAAGAGAAGGCACUGAAGAGAGUCCGACGAAAGAUUAAAAAUAAGAUCUCUGCUCAGGAGAGUCGGAGGAAGAAGAAAGAGUACGUGGAAUGUCUGGAGAAAAAGGUGGAGAGCUACACGUCAGAAAACAGCGACCUGUGGAGAAAAGUAGAAAACCUGGAGACUGCCAACAGAUCUCUCCUACAGCAGCUCCAGAAGCUUCAGUCGUUGAUUUCGGGGAAAGUUGUCCCCCGUUCAUGUAAAAUGGCCUCAACUCAAACAGGGACAUGCCUCAUGAUGAUGGCGGUGUGUUUUGUCCUGGUGUUGGGCUCCUUCUCUCCCUGCCUCUCUCCCUUCUACUCCCUCUCUCACAGCUCCUCUUUGUCUUCAUCCUCCUCUAACUCCCCCUCCUCCUCUCCUUCUCCUCCAUCAGCGGACCUCUACACCACCAGUCAGGUCCGCUCCCGCAGCCUGCUCUUCUACAACGAGGGCGCGCCAUUGGAGGAGAGUUCAGUGACAUCAGAAGGGGAGCGGCUACAGUCAGAAGGCCACUCUCACAUCCAGACAAUUCGUUACACAGCUGAUGCCCACAGCAACCAGACAACUGGGCCCAAGUUAGACCGCAGAGAAACAAAGCCAGAUGGAGUUUCAGAGUUUUUCUGACAGACAGCCUGACUCUUCAUCCCAUGACUUCUCACCACAGACCCCUAAAAAUAAAAACCCCAGAACCUUUAGACUGC